GGCUUAAAGCCACCAGCGCCCGGACCUGGAGCCUGGUGACUUGCGCGGAGACCGGAGGUGUCAGAGAACAUUUCUCCAUUUUCCUCAGUGCAACGUUACCUCUUCAAAUAAAAGGAACCUCCUGCUGGAAGCUUCAUUGACAAAGGAAGAAGAUGGUGCGUUCUAAAGCAGAAAAAGCAACACCUGAUUCAGCUGCUACAACCAACCGUCUUCUGUUACUAAACGGAGAUGCCAAUAUGGCAAAUGAUACGUACAUGUCAGAGAAGAAGCAGGACUGGGGGGCCUCAAACAACCUGUGCAGCCAGUAUGAGGAGAAGGUGCGCCCCUGCAUCGACCUCAUCGACUCCCUGCGGGCCCUGGGCGUGGAGCAGGACCUAGCACUGCCCGCCAUCGCUGUCAUCGGGGACCAGAGCUCCGGGAAGAGCUCAGUGCUGGAGGCUCUGUCGGGCGUUGCCCUGCCCAGGGGCAGCGGUAUUGUUACGAGAUGUCCCCUGGUGCUGAAACUGAGAAAACUUGGGCACGAAGAAGGCUGGAGAGGGAAGGUCAGUUACCAGGACUUGGAGUUCGACAUUUCAGACCCUUCGAAGGUGGAAGAGGAAAUAAACAAAGCUCAGAACAUCAUUGCUGGGGAAGGAAUGGGGAUCAGUCAGGAACUCAUUAAUCUGGAAAUCAGCUCCCCUAAUGUCCCAGAUCUGACAUUGAUUGACCUUCCUGGUAUAACAAGGGUGGCUGUGGGCAAUCAGCCGGCCGACAUUGGACGACAGAUCAAAGCACUCAUUAGAAAGUACAUCCACAAGCAGGAGACAAUCAGCUUGGUGGUGGUGCCGAGUAACGUGGACAUUGCGACCACAGAGGCGCUCAGCAUGGCUCAGGAGGUGGAUCCUGAUGGAGACAGGACCAUAGGUAUCUUGACGAAGCCUGACCUGGUGGACAAAGGCACAGAGGAGAAGGUGGUGGAUGUGGUGCGCAACCUCGUCUGCCACCUGAAGAAGGGCUACAUGAUCGUCAAGUGCCGGGGCCAGCAGGACAUCCAGGACAAGCUGAGCCUGGCUGAGGCCUUGCGGAGAGAGCAGGCCUUCUUUGAGGACCAUGACCAUUUUGGGGUUCUCCUGGAGGAAGGGAAGGCCACCGUUCCACUUCUGGCAGAAAGACUCACCACCGAGCUCAUCACCCACAUCUGCAAAUCUCUGCCCCAGUUAGAGAAUCAAAUCAAGGAGAGUCACCAGAAAAUAACAGAGGAGUUACAGAAGUACGGUGUGGACAUCCCCGAGGAUGAGAACGAGAAAAUGUUCUUUCUGAUAGAUAAAAUCAAUGCAUUUAAUCAGGACAUUCUUGCUUUAGUACAAGGAGAAGAGUCAGUGGGGGAGAAUCAGAGCCGGCUAUUUACAAAAAUCCGAAGUGAGUUCCUCAAAUGGAGUAAAGAAAUUGAAAAGAAUUUCCAGGACGGUUACAAUGCUAUGCAUGAGGAAAUUUCGGAAUUUGAAAAUCAGUAUCGUGGCAGAGAGCUGCCAGGCUUUGUGAAUUUUCGGACGUUUGAGAAGAUUAUAAAAAAACAGAUCCAAAAACUGGAAGCCCCAGCUAUGGAAAUGCUUCACGAAGUGACUGAUAUGGUCCGGCUUGCCUUCACAGUUGUCUCAAAAAAGAAUUUUGAAGAGUUCUUUAACCUGCAUAGAACAGCCAAGUCCAAAAUUGAGGACAUUAAAUUAGAACAAGAGAAGGAAGCUGAGAAGUCCAUCCGGCUGCACUUCCAGAUGGAGCAGAUUGUCUACUGCCAGGAUCAAGUUUACAGGAGCGCGCUGCAGAAGGUCAGGGAGAAGGACGCAGAGGAAGAGAAGAGGAAAAAAGAGAAUUACCCAUACUAUCAACCAAAACCAAGUCCUUCCAUGGAGUCUUCCAUAGCGGAAAUCUUUCAGCACCUGCUCGCCUACCAUCAGGAGGUCAGCAACCGCAUCUCCAGCCACAUCCCUCUGGUCAUCCAGUUCUUCAUCCUGAAGGUGUACAGUCAGGAGCUUCAGAAGGCCAUGCUGCAGCUGCUGCAGGACAAGGAUGGCUACAGCUGGCUCCUGAAGGAGAAGAGCGACACCAGCGACAAGAGGAAGUUCCUGAAGGAGCGGCUGUCGCGGCUGGCCCAGGCUCGGCGCCGCCUGGCCAAGUUCCCUGGUUAAAGUGGGCUCUCUGCUCAGCCCCGUUUCCCUGCCGACUGUGCCAGGGGUGCAGGCCAUCACCCUUCCCGAAUAGAUGUGCUGUGAACACACUAACAGGUUAAUGCUUAGCAGGUCUUACAGUGCCUCAGGUCACCUUAUAGUCACAGUCAUGGCCCAACCAUAAGCCCAGGAGCACUUGCAAAGAUCUCAGAUAAGCAGCUUGAGUUCAAGCCUGAAGACCAGAGUCCGCCCUUAAGGAGCAUACGGUGUGGACUGGGUGAACGGUUACAUUUUCCUGACUAGGAAAAACUGCGUUCAGCCUUCCAGAUUGUUCUUCCUCUCUGAGCUCCCUCUGGCUCUUUUCUCAGAACGGGUGUAUGCUAAGCAUCACAGGAGGACUCUUUCCUGGUUUUUGUAACGUCCCUUUAUAUACCUGGUGUUUUUGUUGCUUAGUGUCUGCGUGUGCAAACUCCUAGGAGCCAUAUCUUAUUAGUUUAUAAUAAACUUGUUUUCACCAGACAGUUCUUGGACUUUUUU